AUAAAGCCAGCCGAGGGGACGGCAGGAUCCAGUUGCGGAAAAGCGAAAAGGGCCGGAAACCAAGAUGAAGGUCCUAGUGACGGUCGUAUGCGGAUUGCUAGUGCUGACAGCAGAGAGCGUGGGGGAACAGUGCGUGACAUGCAGUGGAGAAGAGUGCAACAGUGCCAAUACUGUCCAGGACUGCAGCAGAGACGUGCCGGCUUUGCCCUUCGACCUCGGCUACGCCGAAGACCAAAACCAAGUCGAUGUCAGCUAUGGGUGCCUAAAUUUGGUAUACAGAACUAAUAACCAUGGUACAUCCGAAACGCUGAGACAGUGUGUCAUGUUACCACAGACAGGCAGCGUCUGUGAAGACAUUUCUAAUGUGGUCCAGGUCGAGAGUUGCAGUGUCCAAUACAACAGUCUAUUCCGCUCUGUAAUUGGGGAUGAAGAAGUUGUUGAGAUGGCUGUAGAUGAUGUACCUAAUUCGGUUUCUACCGAGACUCCUGAACCUUCGUCAAUUUCUACCGACACAACUGAACCUCCAACAACUCCCACCGAGACCACCGAACCUCCAACAACUACCACCGAGACCACUGAGCCACCAACAACUCCCACCGAAACCACUGAACCACCGACAACUCCCACCGAGACUACCGAACCCCCAGCAACUCCCACCGAGACUACCGAACCUCCAACAACUCCCACCGAGACUACGGAACCUCCAACAACUCCCACCGAGACCUCCGAACCUCCAACGACUCCCACCGAGACCACCGAACCUCCAACGACUCCCACCGAGACCACUGAACCCCCAACAACUCCCGAGACUACUGAAAAUUCAUCACCUUCCACCGAGACCCCUGAAACUUCACCACCUUCUACCGAGACUACUGAACCUUCACCACCUUCCACCGAGACCCCUGAACCAACUACCACUGAGGAUCCUGAAACAACAACCUCUGGAACUAUUGAAUCUUCACCAACUACUUCCGGAAGCUCUGAAAUACCGCCAUCUACGACUGAAAUUGCUGAUUCUACGUCUGAGAAUCCUGCAACCACGACUAAAAGUCCUGUUACACCUGAACCAACUACAGAACCAACUACAGAAUCUACUACAGAACCAACUACAGAACCAACUACAGAACAACCCACUACACCUGGUGGCAGCGUGACGCAUUCGAUUUCAAUGUCGCUUCUAUUAUUAAUACUUGCAUUCGCACUGUUAAAUUAAACUACUGCACUGUUCUAAUCAUCGUUGAGGUUUCAUAGAACUAGGUGAUUGUGACGAGAACCGAGAGCGAAAUCUAGACCUCAAAUAUUUAUUGAAAUAAGAAAAACCAUAUGUUUUUUA